UCGGUUAAGCCCACUUUUCAGACAUCCACCCGCGGGCAACACCGCCUGACCAACCUGCUUUGCCGAGCAGCACUUGCCUCAGUCUGGCCUGAGAGACUCGGCUUUGUCUUGUUCUGUCCUGUCCUGUUCUGUCCUGUUCUGUCCUGUCCUGUUCUGUCCUGUCCGAUCCUAUCCGGUCCUGUCCAGCACGGACCGGGCCGGGCUGGGCAGGGCAGAGGUAGAUCAGACCAAGCUGGACCAGUCUAUCGACCGGAGAUCAUGCCAGAUGUCUUGCCUAUGCUCCAGUCUUUACCGGCAACGCUGGCCCAUCUCUCAGUCGUAUACAGACAUGCGUGGAUAAUUUGCUCCACUUUUAUCCCAACCGGACGACUUGUUUCGGAUCUUGAACAGUCUCGAUCGAUCGAGGCAGCUCUGGCAGCCUCUUUUUCUUCAAGCCGGGCUGCCUUAAAUUGCCGGCCUCUCGCUCAAUUGGUCUGCGUGGCCUUUGGACGGCGUUUCUGUGAUAGACCCAGUCGGAGGCGGUCGGACAGAACAGCAUCGUCGCGCUGCCAGAUCAAAUACACUCUCGAGGCAUAG